CAUAAUAUAUUCAGGAUGGCGAAUGCAAAUGCUCAAGAAGUAAUUGACAUUGACUCUGACGGUUCGGGUGAUGAGGAAGAUUCAGAAUUCAACACAUUCGAAUCAAGUGCUGCUUACCUCAAACCCUCACGGUCAAACUUCUUUGCUCGCCUCAACAACACAAUCAAAGACGACGAGGGACCCAACAAAAUAUGGGUGCAGACAAUAGACUGGAUGAUAAAAGACAACAAAGCAAAUCACCGAACUGAUCAGUAUGAUAAUAAACGUUUAAUCUUGAGAAGGGGCAAAGAAUUCAAAAUGAAGUUGAAGUUAGAUAAAGAAUUUGAUCCUGAGAAGCAUUCUGUUGUUUUUACCUUUUACACUGGUGACAAACCUGCUAUAAGCAAAGGAACACUCUGCACGCUUCACGAGUCCAAAAAACUAGACAACAAAGACUGGGGCUUCAUCCUAGAUAAACACGAGGGGGAAGAGGUAACUUACAGCAUGAUGACUCCCGUCUCCGCUCCAGUCGGCUACUACAAAGUCCUCAUAGAAAGUAUAUGCUCCGUGCCAGACUCUCCUGGAUCUCCCAACAUCACUAAAAUAACCUGCCCCGAGGAGAUAUUCGUCCUCUUCAACUGUUGGUGUCCUGAGGACAGUGUGUUUUUAGACGAUGAAGCACAGAGGGAGGAGUAUGUUUUAAAUGACACAGGUCUCAUUUGGGUCGGGACUCACCGUGAUUACGAGCCCAUCCCGUGGAACUUUGGUCAGUACGAAGUUUGUGUUUUGGAAUGUGCUGUUUAUCUUCUAUCUAACGCUAAUUUGGCUGUGGGAGCUAGAUCAGACCCAGUUAAAUUGACCCGGGCCCUGUCAGCUCUUGUAAACUCUAAUGAUGAAGGGGGCAUGUUAUGGGGCAGAUGGACUGAGACAUAUCCUCCCAACUCCACUGAUCCUACAGAGUGGGUUGGAAGUGUGGAGAUAUUGAGACAAUAUCUUCUUAACGAGGAACCAGUGAGGUAUGGGCAGUGUUGGGUCUUUAGUGGUGUCCUGACCACUCUCUUGAGAUGUCUCGGUAUUCCAGCUCGGUGUAUCACGAACUUUGAGUCGGGGCACGAUACAGACUGCAGCUACUCCAUCGACUGUCACUACGAUGUCGAGGGGAAUCCUGUUGAUGAUUUAGACGAUUCCAUUUGGAAUUUCCAUGUUUGGAACGAAGCUUGGUUUAAAAGACACGACCUGCCCCCAGGGUAUGAUGGUUGGCAGGCAGUUGAUGCUACCCCUCAAGAAGCUAGUGAAAGUAUUAUGAGGUGUGGACCUUGUCCCGUAUUAGCAAUCAAGCAGGGGGAUGUCUACCUCCCAUACGAUACCGGCUUCAUGUUCUCAGAAGUUAAUGGUGAUAGAGUCUGGUGGAAGGUUGAGAAGGACGGUAAUAUGGCGGUGGAGUAUAUUGAUAGGAACUGUAUUGGCAAAUCAAUAAGCACUAAAGCAGUGGGGUCAGAUGAACGAGAAGAUUUAACAAACUUUUAUAAAUACCCGGAGGACUCCAAAGAGGAAGAAGAAGUGGUGGCCAAGGUUAGUCACUUUGGUUCCCGGAAAGAGUGGACUGUCAUGAGAUCUAACAGAGAUAUUGAGGUUGAUAUUGGGCACGAAACAGCGAUCAUGGGAGAAGAAAUCAAAAUUCCUCUCAAGUUCACGAACACGAGCUCCAAAUCAUCGAGAACAGUGUCCCUCUCGGCACACAUCAAGUGUUCUGCGUACACCGGCAGAACAGACAACAAGCAACCCCUCAUCAAAACCAUCACCAACGUUCUAGAACUCUCUAGCAAUGAAUCAGACACCCUCACCAUAUCCCUCCUACCAGACGAGUACGUCAAGAAGAUCCGUGCUGGCUCCACGCUCCGGAUGUUCCUUCAGCUGUCAGUCCAAGAAACGAAGCAAGUCUACGCCACACAGGAAACCUUCUUGGUGAAAAAAGGUACCGGUGUCAUGGUCACGUGUAGCAAAACAAACGUGAAACAGUACGAGGAGUUUGAUGUGACCUGUACCUACACUAACACCACCUCCACCAAGCUGACCCGGUCCUAUUUUUACUUGGAGGGACCUGGUAUUAGACGCAGUAAGAAGUUGUAUUGUGGCACUGUCCAGCCAGAGUCCACAAUAGAGCGCACGCUUACCCUCUCCGCUUAUAGGGUCGGGGAGCGGGUUUUAUUUGUUAAGUUUUGUAACAGUAAGAUUCCAAACGCUAUAGUAAAGGUCAAAAUUCAUGUGGAAGAGGCUGAGCCCACUGAAGUGAUAUAGAUUUAACGAUUUAAUGAUCUUUAUUAUAUAAUAUAUUAAGUUCUUACUUUUUGGAACGCCUAGCUUGACUUUUGAAGUUUUAAGAGUGGAAUAAGUAUUUACUAUUUAGAACGUAUUUGAUUUUAGAAUCCAAUUAUUGCAUAUAAAUUUAUGUUAUAUCACGCAAGUUGUUGAGCUUGAGUAAAUCAUGUUUUAAUAUGGACAGUGUUUUUAUAAUUUUCGAAGCAACGCAUUUUCAUUUAAUUAUGGACUAUCCAACGACAUUAAAGUUUGUAUUGAUGAUCAUAGUACUAAAAUUAAAAUACAGCUCAGGUGUUAAAUCACGAACUUUGUUGUGAAGCUCGUCUGACUAAUACUUUAGCUGCACCACAGUUUAAUACUACUUAGGUUCAAAUUUUAAGUUUUAAAGCCAUUACCGACUAAAUUUUAUGCGGUGAAUAUUUGAAGUUAGCAUAUAUUAUUAUAUAAUUGUCUUUUGAGUAUUGAACAAUAUCUCUUUAUCCCCGGUUUAAGUUGUUGUUAAUUAAGUAUAUAAUACGACAGCUUUAUAGUGCAAGUUUUACUACUUGGCUAUUGAAUGUGUGCCAUAUUAUGGCUGUCAAAUUUAUUUUAUCAGUCUUUUCGUAAAUAGUGAACUUUUCAUUCCGCGAAAUUUUAUAUUUAUUUACUAAUGUGGCGAUGCAUAUAUUAUGAUAUAAUGUUGCCGGAAAUUUAUAACAUGUUAGUUGCAAAAAUUAUUAACAUAAUCACACAUUGUACGAUUGUCAAUGAAUACAUUUGAACAUAUUCUAAUCGUCCA